CGUCGGGUGUAGAGUGUGUCGACUGUGGGUAUAUAAAACCUGAACCAUCACUAGAUAACAUUCAGUCACCAUGAAGCUCCUGAUCUUGGCUCUGCUCGUCGCUGGCGCCUACGCAUGUGGGAAGCCCACCAACCCUCCCUCAGUGAGCAGGGUUGUUGGAGGUGAGGAUGUCAAAGCUAACAGCUGGCCCUGGCAGGCCUCUCUGCAGUACCUGAGUGGCAGCAGCUACUACCACACCUGCGGAGGCACCCUGAUCGCCAGCCAGUGGGUUCUCACUGCUGCCCACUGCAUUGGCAGUCGCACCUACAGAGUGUACCUGGGUAAACACAGCCUGAACGCCGCCAAUGAGCAAGGCUCUGUAGCCAUCGCUCCUGCCAAGAUCAUUGUCCACGAGCAGUGGGACUCCUACAGAAUCCGUAAUGACAUUGCCCUGAUCAAGCUGCAGACCCCUGUGCAGUUUUCUGACACCAUCAGUCCCGCCUGCCUGCCCCCCUCUGGACAGGUCCUGCCUAACAACUACCCCUGCUAUGUGACAGGCUGGGGUCGUCUCUGGACUGGAGGUCCUCUUGCUGAUAAUCUGCAGCAGGCUCUGCUGCCCGUGGUUGACCAUGCUACCUGCACUAAGCCUGAUUGGUGGGGAGAUCUGGUCACAACACAGAUGGUGUGUGCUGGAGGAGAUGGUCAGCUGGCUAGCUGCAACGGCGACUCCGGUGGUCCUCUGAACUGCCAGAGGGCUGAUGGUACCUGGGACGUUGACGGUAUUGUGAGCUUUGGCUCCAGUCUGGGCUGCAACUAUCCCAAGAAGCCCUCUGUCUUCACCCGUGUUGCCUCUUACAUUGAUUGGAUCAACAAGGUGAUGACAUCCAACUAAACCAUACAAGGAGGAACAUUUAAUAAAUCAGUAAAAGAGAUUAUGCCCAGUGCUUUUAUUCCCCCAUAUCUGAUGUGUACAACUCAUACUCGUUUAAAUAAUAUUUCUCAGCCCAAACCUCUGAAAAACUUAGGACAAUUCUGAAAUGCCUUAUACCUCUAAAUGCCUUUACCCUGAAGUAUUAACAUGUAUUAUCUGCAUGUUUCAAUAAAAAAACUAUGCCACUCUUCA